AUGCUAACCCGCAACAUCGUCCUGGUCCUCUCCCAACACUGGCUCCAAGCCCUGCACACCUCAACCUACAACACGCUCCUCAUCCUCCUCCUCUCCAGCCCCGUCGUCACCCGGCCCUCGACUUCCUCCUCCCCCUCCCCCCUCCUCUUCACCGGCGGCCUCGGCCUCACCCCGCACGCCGUCGGCCUCGCAACGGCAUCCAUCGGCAUCAUCGGGCUGCCCAUCCAAAUCCUGCUCUACCCGCCCCUCAGCGCGCGCCUCGGCACGCUGCGCUCGUACCGCCUCUUCCUCUGGCCCAGCAUCCUCAUCUACGCCACACUACCAUUCUUGACACUCAUUGCCGCCCAAUCGUCAUCCUCCCCCUCAUCGGGUUCUAGCGCCCUUCUCUGGGUAGCCCUGAUCACGGCUCUCGGUAUGCAAGUCCUCGCGCGCGCCUUCGUGGGGCCCGCGACGGUGGUGCUGGUCAACAACUGCACGCCGCACCCGCAGCUGCUGGCGACGGUGCACGGGCUGGCGCAGAGCAUUUCCAGCGCGGCGCGCAUGGUGGGGCCGUUGCUGGGGGGCGCGGCACUGGGGUGGGCGGAAGAGAAAGGAUGUGCGGGGGCGCCGUUUUGGGGCAUCGCGGGGCUGGCGGUGGUGAAUUGGGGGGUGUUGUGGUGGGUGGUGGAGGAGGAUUGA